CGGAUAUUUCCGGUAUAGCAAGAAAUGACAUGGCGACUCAGCCUAUCGACUGUCGGUGUAGAGGCGUCCAUAGGAACGACUUUGACUACAAAAUCUUAAUUAACCUUAACAACUCUGUUUUACGUCACUAAUAUUACCGGAACUCUACUGCAAUCACCCACUUUUCAUAUUUAUUGCUGAAUUUCGUUUUUACAGUAAGAAGUAACUCCGUUAUCUGUCACUUUGUUGGUUUUGUCUAACUUUGUGACAAUGCUCAGGCAUGAAGUUCGCUUCACCCACAAGGAUUACGGCAAACAGGGAAGUGAGUUUAUCAUCGAACACCCGCAGAUACAUUUAUUCCGGAUGCUCUACUCUACUCCUUUCUUGACAUUUGCUGCUUAUUUGGUGAACCUUUCUGAAUGGGAUGACAGUAGUUUGUACAUAUUCUUCAUUAUACUCCUUGCUGUUUUUGUUAUCAAACUAUACCGGAAAGUUCUGACAGAGUCAGUCUUGUUUCUGACUGCCAUUGGUGUCCAGAUUGAAACAAAGUUCCUGUUUGGUCAUUGCACCACCAAAUUUAUUGACAUGACCCACAUCAAAGAUAUAGUCAUUCUUGAAGGGGUCAAAAUGAGAACUGGAAAUUUGAUGCUAAGUAUGAAGAGCUGUAAUGAAUAUUCUAUGCACCACAUCAUCUUUUAUUUAGCUUUGUUACUUCAGAAGCCAAACAAGGUAUGGAGUGGCAUACUGCCCCUGUUCACACAUUCAUGGCCCAAGCUCUGCAUCCUUCAAACAUUGUGUAAAACUGUUCAUUCGAAAUUUCCAAACCUUGGCGCAUAAUGAACAUCUGAAAGUAAUCAAUCACCACUAUUGCCUUCUCUGUUAACAUCUAGUCAAGACUCUAGUAAAUCUCUCAGGAACAUUGA